GAUAAGCUCUCGCGCUCCCACUCUUUCUCCUACCUCCGCCGUCCGUCUUUGCGCCCAAACCAACCCGCCGUUCCUCCGGCGCCCGCCCUCCACAAUGGAGACCUCGUUCCUCCCCACCACGCUUCCCACCGCGAAGCCCCUCCCUGCGUUCCGAACCCUUUCCACCGCCGCCUCGCUCCGCCCACACCCGCGCCCCCGCACCUCGACCAUCCGCGCGGCCAUCACCCGGGGCCGCAAGGAGGAGACUGUGGCCACCGUCCGCGAGCAGCUGGAGGGGUGCUACCUCCUGGCGGGCAUCAAGUACGAGGGCCUAACGGUGAAGCAGCUGCAGGGCAUCCGCGACGCGCUCCCCGAGACCUGCAGCCUGCUGGUGGCGAAGAACACGCUGGUGGGGAAGGCCAUCGAGGGCACCCCCUGGGAGGCGCUCAAGCCGUGCAUGAAGGGCAUGAACGCCUGGCUCUUCGUCCACACCGAGGAGGUCCCCACCGCGCUGAAGCCCUACCGCGCCUUCCAGAAGGAGGAGCGCGUCGAGGAGACCAACGACUUCGUCGGUGCCGUCUUCGAGGGCAAGUUCUACGGGCCGGGCGACUUCAAGGCGCUCGAGACCAUGCCCAGUCGUGCCGAGGUGUACGCCAAGCUGCUCGGCGCGCUGCAGGGCCCCGCUACGUCCCUCGUCACCACACUGCAGGCGCCCGCCAGGGACGUCGUCGCCGUGCUCUCCGCCUACGUGCGUAAGCUCGAGGAGGAGGCUGGCUCAGCAUAGUGCAGGUCGCGAAAUGUGCAGGAGCGGACCCUGGAAUUGGUUAGGAGGGGGGCUGAUCCAAUCUUAAUAGAAGCUCAAGUGCUUUGCAUCUUUAAUAUUUGUAUAUUUUCUCUUAGACCUCCGUUGAUAUUCUAGCCCGGACAGCCCGACCCCUGGGUCCGCCACUGAUCAAGUGUAACCUUCGUGUAAAAGGGUUAUUUUCCGAAUUUUUGCAAUGGUGUGGAAGUUGCAGAAGUGCAUAGGUAUGGGCAUAUCAACGCCGCAGUGGAUGUCGAUGCUGCCUGCUGGAAUUUUCGUGAGUGACAGUGAAAAGAUUACUCGGUGGUAACAAGUUGGAAAUUCGACAGGUUAUGUUCUGGAUCUGGUAUGAGAAACUAUUGCUUGCGGCUUCUCCCCUGAUA